AUGUUGAGGGCUGGAUAUCGUACAGCAGUUCGUUCUGCAACUAAGCUUACUCCAAGAUUAGGACAUGAGAUCAGAUUGAUAAGCAAGCAACAAAUCAGAAGUGCAUCACAAAUUGCACACCCAAAAGUACCUCCACAGAUUGGAAAUGAGGUAGUCAAGGAUUUUUCUUUCAAUCACCAAAAGGAUUGGGAUUUACUUAGGGCUUCAAUUACCAAGUUCACUGAUAAUGGAGCUUUGAAGAUUCCAUUGGUGAUUAAUGGGGAGAAGAUCUACAAUUCUAACGAAAUGGCACAAGUGAACCCAGCCAGACAUUCACAAAGAUUGGCAGAAGUGUCACAGGCGAGUGAAAAGGAUAUCAAGAAAGCUAUUGAGGCUGCAAAGCAAGCGAAAGCUAAGUGGGGUGCGACACCAUGGACUGAUAGGGCUGCGAUCUUCUUGAAGGCUGCCGAUUUAAUUUCUACAAAAUACAGAUACGACAUGUUGGCUGCAACCAUGUUGGGACAAGGGAAGAACGUUUUCCAGGCUGAAAUCGACAGUGUGGCCGAAUUAAUAGAUUUUUUUAGGUUCAACGUCAAGUACGCUGAAGAGAUGUACAGUCAACAGCCUGUAGCAUCAGCUCCAGGUGUCUGGAAUCGUGCUGAGUACAGACCAUUGGAAGGAUUUGUCUACGCAGUUACCCCAUUCAACUUCACUGCCAUUGCUGGUAAUUUGGUAGGUGCUCCUGUGUUGAUGGGAAAUACUGUCGUUUGGAAGCCAUCCGCUACUGCCGCUUUAUCCAAUUACUUGUUAUUAAACAUUUUGGAAGAAGCUGGAUUACCAAAAGGUGUUAUCAACUUUAUUCCAGGUGAACCAAAUCAAGUAACUGAUUUAGUUUUAAAUGACAAAGAUUUCUCAGCAUUGCACUUUACCGGCUCUACUGAUGUCUUCAAGAAUUUGUAUGUCAAAAUUUCAAACAAUGUUGCCCAAGAUAAGUACCGUGACUUCCCAAGAAUUGUUGGAGAAACCGGUGGUAAGAAUUUCCACUUGGUUCAUCCAUCUGCCUCCUUAGAUCAUGCCGUAUUGUCGACCAUCAGAGGUGCAUUUGAAUUCCAAGGUCAAAAAUGUUCUGCAUUAUCAAGAUUAUACGUUCCUAAAUCAAUCUGGCCUGAAUUUCAAGAGAGAUUGGUUGCGUCAAUGUCUAACAUUACUGUCGGCAACUGCACUGACCCAAACACCUUGCAAAAUUUCAUGGGUCCCGUCAUCCACGAACAAUCGUUUGAUAAGUUAGCCGCAGCAAUUGACCAAGCAAAAGCCGAUCCUGAAUUGACAAUCAUUCAAGGAGGUAAUUAUGAUAAAUCAAAAGGCUUCUACAUAGCACCAACAUUAAUUGAAACCUCGAAUCCAAACCACGAAUUUUUGACUAAAGAAUUUUUUGGUCCAAUUGUCACAACUUACGUCUAUCCUGAUGCAGAAUAUGAAUCAAUUAUGGACAAGAUCGAUGGAAGUACUAAAUACGGUUUAACCGGUGCUGUAUUUGCUAGAGACCGUGAAGCCAUUAGAUUGGCUGAAGAAAAAUUACGUUAUUCUGCUGGUAAUUUCUAUAUCAAUGAUAAGUGUACUGGUGCUGUCGUUGGUCAACAAUGGUUUGGAGGUGCCAGAAUGUCAGGAACUAACGAUAAGGCUGGUAGUGGUAAUAUUUUAAGCAGAUUCGUAUCUGUCAGGAAUAUUAAAGAAAACUUUUACGAGUUAACUGGCUUUAAAUAUCCUUCAAAUUAUAAUUAA